AUGGGUCCUGACCCAGAAAAUUCAGUUGUUGAUAAUUAUUUAAGGAAAUUUGAAAUGUAUACAGAUCAAUUUUCUAGGUUUUUAUAUUUUAAAGCAAAUCGAGAAACAUUCGAUUUUAUUAUUAUUGGUGCUGGGUCUGCUGGAAGCGUUGUAGCUAAUCGACUAAGCGAAGUCAAUCAUUGGAACAUACUUCUUCUUGAAGCGGGGCCAGAUCCACCAAUAGAAUCGUUGAUACCCCGCUUUGAUUCUUCACUAUAUGGCAGUUAUUAUGACUGGAAAUACCUUAUGAAACGGGGAGAUGAUUCAAGCCUUGGAUUUAUUGGUGAGAGAGUGCCAUGGCCACGCGGGAAAAUGCUCGGCGGUAGUAGCUCGAUUAAUGGAAUGGUUUAUAUGAGAGGAAAAUCUGGUGAUUACCAACGUUGGGUAGAUGCUGGAAACCCAAGUUGGACGCCACAAAACACAUUAUUCUACUUCAACAAAGCGGAAAACUUUCAAGAUAGAGAAUUACUGAAAAAUCCCGAUAAAAUAAUAAACAUUUAUGCAUCACGUGAAGUUAUUCUUAGUGCUGGAUCUAUAAAUACUCCUCAAUUACUCAUGUUAUCUGGACUAGGACCACAAGAACACCUUGAAGAAAUUGGUAUUGAAACAAAAUUAAACUUACCUGGAGUAGGGAAAAAUUUACAAGAUCACAUAUAUGUCCCCAUUCCAAUUUUUGGGGAUGAACCUGGACCGGAAGAUAAAGGAAAAAUAUCUAUAAACGCGUUUUUGCAACGGAUGCAGCUGCAAGAAUGCGAUGAAUUACAAUUCGAAAGCAAUGAUUAUUGGAGAUGUAUACUAGUUAACCUAUCUAGCACUCUAUUUCAUCCAAUAGGAACCGCAAAAAUGGGUCCUGACCCAGAAAAUUCAGUUGUUGAUAAUUAUUUAAGGGUACACGGUGUUCGUAAUUUACGUGUGAUAGAUGCUAGUGUAAUGCCUGAUUCUCCAAGUGGAAACACGAAUGGUCCAACCAUAAUGAUAGGAGAAAUGGGAUCCGAUAUGAUUAAAUCUCAUUACAGUAUACUUUUAUAAAUAAUU